AUGACGCACAAUUGCGCGGCCGUGGUGGAUCGCAGUUCGCUGUGCUUCCGCUGCGGCGAACCCGGCCAUAGACAGAGAGGCUGCCCGGCUGCGGCGCUUAAAUGUGCCUUGUGUGCAGCCGAGGGGAGAGCUGCUGACCAUGUGGCAGGGACCAAAAAGUGUCCCGUGCCGAAACAGCUCUCCAAAGCGAAGAAGGCGGUCGCUGCGUCCUGCGACGAGUUUUCGCUCGCUGUCGCUGACCGCAUGAGCAAGGAGCAGGCCUCAAAGGUGGCAAGCUCACAGGGGGUACCCUCCGGGGGGAGGAGGCCCUCAACGAA